UCUUAAUCACUGUGAUGCUUACCUUCCUUAGGAUACCCGAUUAAUGUUUAAGGAGCAGGGCCAUCUUACAGCCUCGUAUACGCGCGCGUGAGGCAUAGUACGCACUGACCUUCUUAUAUCUGGUAUACUCUUUGGGCACUUGCACAGUCGGUGUUUUACUUUCCUGGAUGGUUGAAGAGUAGACCUUGGGGAGAGCACGUCUGGCGGGAGUGGAGGGGUCGCUCUAUCUACAACAUCAGCAGCCACUGUAAUGGGAAUAGGAGGCCUGCUGACAUGCUGCUUGGUGGGGCCCAAAGAUGGGGGUGAUGCUCGGCCAGAGGACGAGAAGCGGAAUGCUAGCUCCAAGUUCGAUGCGGCAAUGCCUGGAACAGCGGUUGAGGCUAGUAGCAUAAGCAGCCGCAUCAGGGACUCCGCGAUGUGCACACGCGGCCAGUUUUCCAAAAAGAGCAAAGUAUGGGCCACAUCUGACUGCAUGUGCUGUGGCGCUGAACAGACCGACAUGGCAUCAGCUUGCGGUACCGUGAGAGACCCUAGCUCGGCAUCAGCCCACAAUCCUCUGGCCGCGAACGGAUCCCCUCUCGCCGGCGACCUCGCCCUUCCACCCAGCCUUCGUGCAAAGGCCGCCGCCGCAGCGGCCAACACCACUACUUCUUCCUCCUCAUCCUCGUCCUCCUCGUCCUCAAAAGCACCCGUCCCCGUUUGCUGUGGUCCUUCAACUCCCCGCGCCACAAACGGCGGCUUUCCGGACGACUCCGCACCCUCUCAUGAACCGCUGGACGCUUCUGCCCUCUGCAACCUCCUAGCCGUCCACUCGGCACGUUCCUGGUCGCACACAAGUGUCAAAACAAUUGCUAGGCCGAGCGUCGCUAAUCCUGUGGUAGCCGUUAGCGACCCCAAGACGCCAUACCAGCUCCAAAGUCCGCGGCAAGCCAGCGAUGCAGGCGCGUGCGCUGACCUUCAACCGGUGUCUUCCCCUUCACCCGCAGCAGCCGCCGCUGCUGCUGAUGCUGGUAUGGCUGAACCAGCUCUUCACACCAGCUCACCCUCUUCACCCUCUUCACCAUCACCACCAUCUUCUUCCUCAUCAUCGUCGUCAUCCACGUCAGCACUGGCAACGGGAUUGGAUCCAAGCUCGCUGAUGCGGCCGUCGAUGCAGCCGCCACUUGCAACAUCAUCGCAGGAGCAAGAUCCUGCUCCUGCGGACCAGAGCAGGACCACCUUGCAUGAGCAGGAGCAAAGCCCUGUUACUUUGCAUGAGCAGGAGGCAGCUCAGGGGGUGGGCGUGGAGGCGGUUUCUGGGGAAGCGAACGCAUCAGGGGCAAAGCCCAAGGCGGAGAACGACGACGAUGCACAUGGACGGUCACAUGGGGCUGCUGGGGCUGACGAUGUGGAUGCGGAUGCGGAGCAUGGGAGCGCCACGCCUCGUGGUGCGGCUACUGCAGCUGCGACCUUUGAGCCAUGCACCCCUCCGCCGCAUGUUGUGUCUAGGGACUCGGGCGGCUGCUCGCCGCAUGUCGCCGAGGACGGCCGUUGCGAGGCGGCUGUGGCAACAGUCGCCCCAGCCGCUGGUGUUGUGACGGCUGCACCGGCAUGUGAGGGCUGCGGGAUUGUUGCGGGAGCGGUGGAGAUGGAGGUGGAGGAGGAGCCUCAGGCGCUACGGCAGGAGAGGGAGGACGAGGAGAAGCAAGAGCACGAGCAGCAGCAUCAGGAACAUGAACAAGAAGAAGAGGAGCCGGUGUUGGAUGUUGAGUUGUUGAGCCUUGUUAUCAUUGAGGAAGGCGCUGCGGCUGAGGAGGAGGAGGCUGCUGUGGGGGCAAUAACUUGCACUGCCGGCAGUUGCGUUGCAGCAGCAGCAACCCAGGGAGUGCUGGUUGCAGCAGCGUCUCGUCCGGGGGUUGCACAUGAAGGAGGAGAGGCCAAGACCUCGCCGGCUUCUUCUCCGGAGGAGGAGCCCCUGACAACACCCAACUCUGAGUCAACUGCGGUGGCGGCAGCGGACGUGGAGGAGUCAAUGAGGCCGCCUGUUGUACAAGCGUCACAACAAACGCGAUCAGCUGCUUCGGAUACCGGCUCUUCAAGUGCCGUCUCCACGCCGCGCAUGCGUCCCCAGCAGGCCAUGUUGUUGAGUGACAUGACGGACGGCGCCAGCUACAUCUUCCUGCCGGUGCCUGGGGCGCAGCGAAGUGGGAGCGAGCAGCAACCGGAGGAGGGGGAACAGCUGGCGUUGCAGACGCAUGAGGAAGAGGAGGAGCAGGAAAGUGAGGAGGAGGAGGUGCAGCAGGGGCAGGAGGAGCAGGUUAGGCAGGAGCUUGAGGGGCAAGAGUCUGCAGGUCUGCGGGAUUCCGGGCUGCACGGCUCCUCCUCCUCCUGCUCCUGCAAGCAACAGGAGCAGGAAAAGGAGAAGGAGAAGGAGAAGGACGAGGAGCCCCCUGCUUCCCACAGCCCGGCGGCCGCAUGUGAUGCUGCCGUGCUUCCUGGUCCCCCCCCACACGGGCGCCACACGCGCGCAUGUUCAUGCGGAGGCUGUGAAGGCACCGCCACUACCGCUGCUGCGGCAGCAGCAGCAGCCGUCUGCAAAGUCUGCAACGUCUGCCUCCCUGGGGUCCCAGCGGAGGGCAACACCCCUGUCGACAACAACAGCAACGGGAAUAACAGCAACAGCGACGAGGACGACAACUGCUGUUCCAUUCCGGGGCUGUGUGCGACGCGUGCUCUCAUUCGGCAGCUAGGACUGGUUCCGUGCCCCGGAGCGGUAGCCGGUACGGCAACAGCUGAUGCUGGUACGGCAACAGCUGAUGUUGGUACGGCAACAGCUGAUGCUGGUACGACAGAUGUGGUAGCUACAGCUGUCGUAUCGACGGAUGGAGCGGCAUCUGCCGUCACCACCGCUGCAGCUGCCGAGACGGACAACGUGGGGCCCUUGCCGGCUGACCCCGCGGUGCCGGGGUCACAACCACCACCAGACCAGCUGAAGAGCUGCCAAGUCCGUAACAGCGAUCCUGAUGAAGCGGCGGCAGCAGCAACGGCAACGGAAGCUAGGGCAACGGCAACGGAAGCAGAUCUCGCGUCACUGCUCACGACAUCUCAGUCGCCGUUUGCAUCUGCGGUGGGUGCUGCUCGCGAAGCCUUGCAGGGUGCGACGUGGCGGUUGUUGGAGGCGGCAGCGAUGGCGGCUAUGGGGCGACAAGAGCACAAAACGCAGCCGCCGCCGCCGCCGAAGCAGCAGCAGCAGCCGGCGGCGGGGAUUAAUGGUGCGGUGACUGCUGUUACGGCGGGCACUUCGCCAACUGAGCAAGCAACAGGGGCAGCAGCAACAGCAGCAGCAACAGCAGUAACAGGGGCUUCAUGCACCGCCGCUACUGCUGCUCCUUCCAGCACAACGGCAGCAGCAGCAGAGGGGACGCCGCAGGGCUCUUCCGGGAUCAUGCGGGAGGCGAAUGCCCUAGCAGCGGAGCUAGCGGGCUCUGCUACCUCCCCUUGCAGCGCCUCAGCAGCAGCAGCUGCUGCAGAGGCUUCCAAGGCUGCUUGUGGUGCUGGUGUUACCGCUGCUGGUGCCACUGCUGCUGAUGCCACUCCUGCUGCUGCUACUGCUGAGAACUGCGGGCAGAAGCAACCCGCAGCAGCAUCCGCCGUUGCCAGCUGCGUCAGCUCACUUGACGCGCAACAACACGUCCAGAAGCCGCUGAAGUGCGGCAACAGCAACCCAAGCGGCUACUAUUGCGGCAACAGCUUGAGCGGCGGUAGCGGCAGCAGCAGCAGCUAUCGGUGGCAGGGACCAACCGAUUCCUGCAGCGCUGCUAGCACUGCUGGUGCUGUAGGUGGUGCAGGAGCAACAACAGCAGCAGCAGCCUCGAGAAGUGGUGGUGCUACUGCUACAGCUACUGCUCAGUCUAGUGAGGAAAUUGGUCGGGG